AUGAGUUCAACAAAUUUUGCCGCUGCACAGGAGCGGGUUCUCGAGCGCAGGCGCCUCCGGGAGGCGGAAGCGCGUGCCCGUCGUGCGGAACAGCAGCGGGCGUCCCCGAUCAACCCGGACACCGUCCAGCGUCUUCCAUAUCCAUUGAAUCGUGUACCAGGGGCGGGCUGGUCGCUGUGGAACUCGAUCAAAGGCCGAGAUGGGACGCGCCCGGCGUUUCGUGUUGGCCAGGUUGAUGCCGAGCUACUAGACGAGGAGUUGCUGGGUCUGAUGAAGAACCAGGUUGGAGAUGCUCUUAAAUACUUUGGGCCGCAAAUGCGGGAAGACUGGUCACAUGAGAUUCUAUUCGCUUUACGAGCGAUCCUAUUCAAGCUCUCGAUCUGGGACCACAAUGCGUCAUAUGGAGCGGCCUUGCAAGGCCUCCGAUAUACCGAUAGCCGAAGCAAGGGCCCUGUGCACUCUGCCCCCACUAAAUUGCAGAAGACCAUGUAUGGCUUGCUGACGGUCGGCGGACGAUAUGCCUGGGACAAGUGGGAGAGCUGGUUGGUUGGACAAGAGGGUGGCUAUGAAGAGCCAUCACAGGAAGUUCGGAUGUUCUCACGCAUUACAGACCUCGUUUCCACCACACACUCGGUCGCAGCCUUUGUUUCCUUCCUUGUAUUCCUAGUGAACGGUCGCUAUCGAACUCUCGUCGAUCGAAUCCUCCGCAUUCGUCUUACACCUCCAUCUGCUCAGGCUAGCCGUGAAGUUUCCUUUGAAUACUUGAACCGACAGCUGGUCUGGCAUGCUUUCACCGAGUUCCUCCUCUUCCUUCUUCCUCUGGUCGGUAUCAGCCGUUGGAAGCGAUGGAUCUCACGCGCAUGGCGAAAGACCGUCAAAGCGCUCAAGUCGAGCGGGGAUGAUGAGGAAGCCACCGAGAAGCAAGGAGAGCUGGCCUUCCUCCAGGAACGGACCUGUGCAGUCUGCUAUCGGGAUCAGAAUCCGGCUGCGACGACCGAAAGCGACGUCCUUGCAGCCUCGGCUGGAGCAGGUGGAAUUUCGGGAUCUGCUCAGACAGAUAUCACAAACCCUUACGAGACCAUUCCUUGUGGUUGUAUCUACUGUUUCGUCUGUAUUGUGCAGAAGCUGGAAGCCGAGGAAGGUCAGGGAUGGGUCUGUCUCCGGUGUGGUGAAAUUGUUAAAAAGUGUCAGCCCUGGAACGGCGACGUCCUGGAGGAAUCGCGUUCGCAGCCCGGCACUGGCAAGAUUGUUGGAUUUGCCAUAGAUGACGAGCCCCGCGACGACUCCCAGGACACGGAGGAGGUACAGGGACAACCUGGCAAGUCCAGUCCCCUGGAGGAAAUCACAGCCGACGAGGCCUUGCAGCACUCCAGCGAAUGGUCUACGGAUGAGAAAGAGCCCACUGAGGACGAGCCCACGACCGAAGCCAAUGGCUUUGCCGAGGACUACGAGAAGUCAUGA